CUCUUGUUUUCUCACUUGAGACAUUCAGAGAGAGAGAGAGAGAGAGAUAAUGGCGUCCUCGGCUGCUUCCUCACUCUCCGUUACAGCGUCCUCAAAUUCGCCUUCCAAACGCCUUUUGUUCGACCGCCGUUACGGUUGGGUAAUUGAUGACUUGAAAGACCCAUCAGAGGAAGCUCUUGCUGGUGGCCGAGGGAUGUUUUGCAUACUGCCGCUUGCAAAAACUUUGAUUAAGAUGGCUUCGCAUUCGGUAUGAUGAUGAAUUUCCAGCUCAUAAUUAUCCUAAAACUUUGAUUAAGAUGGCUUCGCAUUCGAUUAAUGGUGCAGCAAACUCAGCAGUGAAAGCUUUUGAAAGGCCAGACCUGCUUUCUCCGCAGCAACUGCAAGCGGGUCUUUACAACGAGCUCCACAAAAUUAAGUCUUCUUUGGUAAAACCGGAAUUGAACCAUUUGUUACUCAAAGGAAAUCUCUCGUCAAAAGAGGCCAGUUGCUCUUCUAGUAAAUCAUAGAUUACUUAGAAUGAUUUGAUUUCUUGAAUCCCACAUAGGAAUACAGUCCAGAACUACUUAAGCCGUCGAUUUAGAUAUUGUUUUUUCAGGUUGUUAGGGUCAGCAUUGUAUCUUGUACGAAAUAAUAUGGCGUUGUCGAUUUGAUUGUUGCGAACCUUGUCUCAUUGUUCCGCUUUAUAAAUCGGAGGUGAACGUGAUUUUAAGUAUCCGGUUGAUCAUUCUUAAGCUGAAUUGACUAGCUUCGGUUUGGUGGUAUAGAAGCGUUAGGCCAUGAAGGAACCUAAGGAACAAUUAGAGCAUUUGUGGACUCGAACUUGGUUUCCAACGAUCCAACUGCGAACGAAAAACGAACGAAAAACCAAUUAGAGCAUUUUUGGACUCGAACUUGGUCUCCAACGAUCCAAAUGCGAACGAAAAACGAGUCGUAGUCCAGAUUUGAGAACAAAGAAACCAUCCAUGGUCCAUCAAGAUUAAGAAAAUGGGUUGUAAUAAUGGUAAUUAUGAAGAAAAGACAUGUCAAAUGGUACUUAAACGUGGCGAUCAAACCACGGCCCUGCCCAUUGUCACAUCAUCCACCCCACCACCGCCGAUUCCCACCUUCCUCUUUAAUUAAUAUUUCUACCUGCACAACCCAACGUUUCCCAACCUUCGAAGCUUUCAAGUGGAUGACACAGUUUAUCUCCCAUGUCUUCCGUAAUCAAGCCUUCAUCUUCAACAGCAGCAGCAGGAGAUAUUAAAGUUUUCACAAGAAGAAGAUUUAAGACUAAUAAGCGUUUGGAACAAAGAGAUGAUGAGAUAAAAAACAAGACUGCAGAGUUGGAGCCAAAGAAUUUUCAAAGCGUGGCUUCUUCUUCUGCUACUCCUUGGUUCAGUUCCAAUACAAAAGUUGAAGAAAUGGGACCAGCGGCAGAUGCUAAUAACAUCUUCAGUAGCUAUGUUGAUGACUGCUCUGCGACUCCUUGUCGUGUCACUGAUGUAUCAACUGCGCAGGAUAAAUCUACGUCUAAGAAGAGAGGCUACGAUGCCAUAUACUUGAGGCACAAGCAACCGAAGAGCGUCAGAAUACAAAUGGAAGAUAAAUCCAAAGGAGAAAUACUUAUUGGUGGCAAGCGCACGAAAUCUCCAAAACCUGUAAAAUUGAAAGAAACUAGGUCAUCCAAGUGUGCUACUGCUCAAAAGUUGCCCAAUGUUGGACGUUAUAACAGAGUUUCUGUUCGAAAAGUACAAAACGAUACACAAGCUCAAUCCAUGAAACAAGAUCAGAAGGCACAUGGAGAUAUUUUAGGAAAGCGCAAUAAAUCUGUUCAUCAAGUAGGGCCUUCUGAUUCAACCCUGCGAUGGCAUGCACAACCUCAGAUUGAUUGGAGCAAAGAUGUAUCAGACAAUAUUAAAGACAAGGAGGAAUGGUGGGAAGAAGAAACGAAACUGUUCUGUAAACGAGCAAAUUCUUUCAUUGCCUGCAUGAAUCAAGUCCAAGGAAAUAGACAUUUCUCAGCGUGGAGAGGUUCCGUAGUGGACUCGGUUGUUGGGGCAUUUUUAACUCAAAAUGCUAAAGAUCAGUCAUCAAGUUCUGCCUUUAUGUCACUUGCUGCAAAAUAUCCGACUAUUCAAAUGGAGCAAGCAUGUGAUUAUGCAAGGAACGAAAAAAAUGUGAGAAGCAUUGUUGGUUGGGAUUUUUUAGAGUACAUUUAUUACACCAGAAGAACAACAAAAGAGAGAAGUAAUGAUACAAUGGACUCUUUAGACUGGGAAGCUGUUAGAGAAGCACCUCUAACUGAAAUUUCAAAAAGCAUUUUGGGAAGAGGAAUGAACAAUAAGCUCGCAGAACGCAUCAAGGGUUUCCUUGAUAUACUGAAGAGAGAUCAUGGCAGCAUUGAUCUCGAAUGGUUAAGAGAUGCCUCCCCGGAAGGAGUAAAGAAGUAUCUGUUGAGCAUAGAUGGAAUUGGCUUGAAAUGCGUUGAGUGUGUGCGGCUUUUAGCACUGAAGCAGCAUGCCUUCCCGGUUGAUACUAAUGUUGCUCGGAUAGUUAUGCGACUUGGUUGGAUCCCUAUUCAGCCAUUGCAUUGGAAGCUUCAACAUCAUCAUCUAAAGAGGUACCCGACGGUAAAUUCAAUACAUAAAUAUAUGUGGCCAAGGCUGUCUGCCCUUGACCUACAAACACUGUAUGAAUUACAUUGCCAAAUGAUUACAUGCGGCAAGGUAUACAUCUUGUUCAUUCAACCUCUGUUACACGAAAAGAAUAUAUAUUUUUCCGUAUUCCUUGUUUCUCCAUCAUCACAUUCUCAGUUGGUACUUGUACAGGUUUUCUGUAGAAAAAAUCAACCAAAUUGCAAUGCAUGUCCGAUGAGAGAAGAGUGCCAACACUUUGCAAGUGCAAGGAGUGAAGGGGACAUUGAAGAUUUGUGCAUAAAGGUUCACGAUAAGAAUCCUACAAUCAAAGUCAAUCCUAAAGGGUGUAAAAUUGUAAAGGCUGAUCAUGCACAAAGUAAGCAGAAGUGUUUCAACCGAACAAGUGAGUCGCUUCAAGAAGUUGUCAUGUCAAAAUCUAGUGCUCCAGUUCCAACUAGUCGCGCACCCAGAUCGAAGCGCAUGAGCCAAUUUAGGACAAAGCAUCAAGUCUACGAACUUCCAGACGCUCACCACAUUUUGAAAGGGCUAGAGAGAAGAGAACCUGAUGAUCCCUGCCCUUACCUUCUUGUUGUAUGGUCAUCUGGCAAACUAUCCAAUCCUGUUGGAUCAACUGAAGGUCAAACCGCUUGCUUUGAUGAGAAUGGACAAUUUUUGGGCAGCAAUGGUGAAGACACUGCCCAGACUGUUCUAGGAACAAUUUUGAUACCAUGUCGCACGGCAAUGCGAGGAACUUUUCCUCUCAACGGAACAUACUUUCAAGCUAAUGAGGUGCUAGCUGAUUAUAAAACAAGUGAAAACCCGAUCGAUGUUCCUGUGUCAUCGAUACAACAUUUGAGGAGACGAACGCUAUAUUGUGGAAACAGUGUCUCGGGAAUAUUUAUAGGUUUAUUGACCAAAGAAAUCCGGGACUGCUUUAAGAAAGGAUUCAUUUGUGUGAGAGGGUUUGACCGGAAAACAAGGGAGCCGAAACCUUUAGCAAGAAGAUUACACCGCAGCUAAUCUUCUGAAUAUGAUCAGAAGAUUACAAGAAAGGAGAAGGUAUGUACACCGGCCUGCUGCUGCUGCUAUUUUGGAAUAUGCUCAGAUUGCAAUUCCAUCAACAGUUGUACUAGUGAAGCUUACUAGUACUGUGUAUCCACAAUCCAUCUCUUGUUUGUGCUUGGAAUUGAUGUGGUGGUCGAACUGCAGAUGGACAAUUAACCAGUAAAGACUAAUUUUGUUGGACUUAAACUUUCCUAAUUUCUUGUGUCUCAUAAAAAGGAAUGAUAUUUAUUUUUGUGGGAUCAUUGACUAGCUUUGGUUUGGUCUGCUAAAAAUAUGACAGAUCUCAAUUGUUUUGCUUAA